CUUUUCCCCUUCUUCAUAUGCUGCUGCUGCUCCUGAGUUGUGUUAAGCACAAGCUUCCUUCCUUCAUUCUUCAUUCUUCAUCACCGCCCCUGGCUGGCCACACGCAGCAGGGCUUGGUCAACACCCCAAUUACUCACUCUUCCUCGGGGCUAUUUUCACAAAGCUUGUGCAGGCAGUACUGCUGCUGACUUAGACAGGUAGAGAGAAGAAGAUUGAUGGAUGGGUUUCUCGUGUGGGGUUUGGCUGGGUAUGAUGUGCUGAUCAGUCUCUGAAGGGUUCGCGAGACAGUCAGGAGAAGCGGAGAUUGUGGGUUCGGUUUGUGGGUUCGGUUUGAGGGUAGAGUUGGGCGUGUCGUGGAGGAGGAGGAGGUCUGUGAUGCAAUCUGGUGAUGGUUGCGUGAAGGUGGAAGAGUAGGAGGAGGAGGUACGGGAUGAUGAUGGGAUUCUGAUGAUUGUGUUGGCUUCGUUACCAAGGUUUGGCACAUGGUGGAGAUUUAGUGGUUAUUUUUCAAAAAUUAAGAGAAUUAGUCUAACUCUAAAGACAAAUUGUUUUGUGUGAUUCCGAUUAGUUAGAAACAAAAUUCGUAGAUGUAGAUGUUCUUGCUUGCUGCCUUGUCAGUGGUGUAAUUAGUGGGGUUGAGGUUCGUGAGGUUCGUGAGAUAUGUUGAGUUCAGAGAUUGGGUUAAUUCACAUGUGAGCUUGUGGGGAAUUCAACAUCGAUGAGCGAAGGGCAGUGCUUUCUUUGUGCAAUCUUGUAUUGCAGCUUAGGGCAUGCUAAUCGAAGCAUGUUUCGGUCCUUAGGGUUUUUGUAAAAAUCGGAGAGUGGCAUAGUUCUAGCGAAUCUUUUGAUCAAUUGGUAGCUUUCUGCUCAGUUGUGCAUGAGAAAUCCGUUAGGAUUAUUGUCGGUGGUAUGUCAAUUUUUCAGUAUGGAGCCAGUUUUGAAGUGGCAAUUGAGGGUCUGAAGGCGUAGUUCUCCAAUCCACUAUGUUUUGGAUGUUCUGCUCCUUGCUGUAGCAUUUAUCUGCCGGCUGGAGUAUAAACAGGCUAAUCAUCUAAAUCUCUUAAUUAUUGUUGUUGUUGCUGCUGUUAUUUUUUUUUUUCCCUCCCUCUCUCUCUCUCUCUCUCUCUCUCUCCCGUAUUGGUCUUAGACGAAGGCUGUCGUUUUUUAAAUUUUCGUUUUAUCUCCUCUUGUGCCCCUGGGUAGUUGGAUUAAACUUUUUUUCAUAGGGUCCAAAUUUGAGUUUAGUUCUUGUGCUGUACUCACUUAGGUGCUCCAGGCAACAAUCUUGAUCUGUCUCUCUUCCAUUCUCGUACUGUGGGAGAUACUUUAUCUGUCGAGUCAUUGAGUGGAGAAACAUGGAGUCUGAGGACGAAAUGCAAGAUGCCUGGGCUGGAACAUCCGAUGACGAAUUUCAAAAUGAAGAAGAAGAAGACGAGGAUUCAGACGCUUUAGCUAGUGACGAUGAAGAUGACGAAUCAGAUUACGGCUUUGGCUUUAAUGAUUUCCAGCUUAGUACCCGGCGACCCCAGACUAUUUUCACCGUUCUUAGUGAACAAGAUAUACGACAGCGACAAGAUGAAGCUGUAGCAACUAUCACUAACUUCUUGUCUAUAUCACCUGCGGAUGCCGGGGUGCUGCUUCGGCAUUUUAAGUGGAGUGUGAGCAAAGUUAACGAUGAGUGGUUCGCCGAUGAGGAGCGAGUUCGUGCUAACGUUGGUUUGCUGGAGAAGCCGGCGACUAGCAAAAGGAAGAAUGUAAAGGAGAUGACGUGCCAGAUAUGUUUUGAAGUUCAUCCCUUUGAGAAGAUGAAGGAGCCUAGAUGUGGUCAUUAUUUUUGUGAGAUCUGUUGGACAGGUUACAUUCACACUGCCAUUAAUGACGGUCCCGGGUGUUUAACUUUGCGAUGUGCGGAUCCAUCGUGUGGGGCAGCCAUUGGUGAAGACAUGGUGUUGGGCUUAGUUUCUAAAGAGGAUCAACAAAAGUACAUGCGAUAUCUUUUGAGAUCUUAUGUUGAGGACAAUCGAAAGCAGGUGAAGUGGUGCCCUGCACCUGGCUGUGAAUAUGCAGUGGAAUACCAAGCUGGCGUUGGUUCUUACGACCUCGUCUGCAAGUGUGGGUUUAGUUUCUGCUGGAACUGUCGGGAAGAGGCACAUCGGCCUGUGGAUUGUGAGACAGUCAACAAGUGGAUACUGAAGAAUUGCGCCGAGUCGGAGAAUAUGAAUUGGAUUCUGGCAAACAGCAAACCCUGCCCUAAAUGUAAGAGACCGAUUGAAAAAAACCAAGGCUGCAUGCAUAUUACUUGCACACCACCUUGCAAAUUUGAGUUUUGCUGGCUGUGUCUUGGAGCAUGGACUGAUCACGGUGAACGAACUGGAGGUUUCUAUGCAUGUAACCGUUAUGAAACUGCCAAGCAAGAAGGCGUGUACGAUGAAGCAGAGCGGAGGAGGGAAAUGGCUAAGAACUCUCUUGAACGCUACACACAUUACUAUGAACGUUGGGCUACAAAUGAGUCUUCUAGGUCAAAGGCUCUUGCAGAUCUUCAACUAAUGCAGUCUGUGAAGGUUGACAAGUUGAGUGACAUACAAUGUCAACCUGUCUCGCAACUGAAAUUUGUGACAGAUGCAUGGCUGCAGAUUGUUGAGUGCCGACGUGUAUUGAAAUGGACAUAUGCUUAUGGGUAUUACUUGCCCGAGAACGAGCAAACAAAAAGGCAAUUCUUUGAGUAUUCACAAGGUGAGGCAGAAGCUGGCUUGGAGCGCCUCCAUCAAUGUGCAGAGAAGGAGUUGCAGACCUUCCUUGAGGGAGACAGUCCCAAUAGCUCAUUCAAUGAUUUCCGCACCAAACUUGCCGGCUUGACCAGUGUAACGAGGACUUACUUCGAGAACCUGGUUCGUGCGCUGGAGAGUAAUCUUUCGGAUGUUGACAUUUCGAAAGGAGCCGUCAAGUCCAGCAACAGCUCAAAGGCUUCCGGCAGCUCCAAAGCGAGAGGUGGAAGACCCAAAUCUGGAAGUACUAGAAGCGGGGGAUCCAGUCGAAGUGGAGAGGAGAUGGCUCACUGGUCUUGUGAGCAUUGCACAUAUGUUAAUACCACAGCCACUUCGUCCAAUGUGUGCAUCAUUUGCGGCUAUCCUCGUUCUUAAUAUGAUGAACCUCCUUAGAGCUUCAACAUCUCUUCAUUUGAUUUCCAUCUUGACUCGCCUUUUGAGCUCUGUCACCUUUUAUCAUCUUCUGGGGUGAUUCCACUUUGCUGUAAUUGGAGUGCACAGCCGGACAGUCGGACCUUGUGGCUAGUCAUAUAAUUUGAUCAAUAGGGAUAUUGGUGCAGCUAGUUUAAUCCCUGCAUUAGACUUCUGAGUGUGUCGAACACCGGAGUCUACUGCUCGGAUUUUUUGUUAUAUAAUACAUUUAGCCAACAAGGUGAUAGGGAAGGGUGUUGCUAAUGUCUAGGCCUGUGUCUUAGCGGUGCACAAUGUGCCAAAUCCCUUCCUGCUGUAUACGAUAUAUGCAAAGACGGACACGUAUCGUCUUGCAUCUGUUUGCAUCGUCAUUGUGGUAAAGAAAUGAGCUGGCCAAUUGUUUCCUCAUGGAGACAACGGUCCAAGAGUUUUACAUCACUA